AAAAGCAAACCCUACGGAGGUAGAGGAUGCACAUCCAACGAAGGAUCCAACCCCAUCGACGACGUCGGCCGUAGCCGAGACUCUCUUCGAGACGAGAUUCGUGGUGGCUUUUGGUUCAGGCCUGUGUUUGAUGGGGGAGCAAGCCGGGCAGAAGCAUUUCACUGCAGGGACAGCCCUCCCUCUAGCGCGAGGAUAAAGUUAUUCGAUAACACCACCUGGGCACCACCGGGCUGCGAAGACGCUCAACACCAACGCUGCACCCCGCCGCCCGCGCCCGGCCGGCUUUCCUCUUUUCCUUCGUUUCUGUUGAUGACUUGACUCCCAGCCGCUCUUUUACCUCCGCUCUGCUCCUCCCGUGACCCUUGACCCCUUCUCCCUUCAGCGUCCUCCAUCGCAUGUCUCGCAUGUUCCACUACUGCCCUUCACACGUCCGUCCUGAGCAGCACGCCCGCCACUCCAGGCCAUUGCAGCGCCUGUAGGCUGGCUGGCGCUGUGAUGGACUUCAAGACGAAGCUCAGCAAUGCCCGUCAAAGGCUGCCGCUGCUGCGCCGUGGCAGCCAGCAUUCGACAUCCUCGCCACGCUCGCCCUCGCAGUCGAGAAGUGAACAUGGGCCCUCUGGAGGCCGCCGGUCAAGCAUGAGCGCGUCGUUGACCAAGCUGCCGGCCGUGUCCUCGGGCAGCGUGAGCACAGCGGAGGAGAAGCCCAUGUCCAAAUCCGCCGUGCUGCCUCCUCCCAGAAGGUCCGAAGAGGAGAGCUCCAUGGCCAGGAACAGCACCUCUACUGGUACAACUUGUAAUGCUAGGGAGCCGCCGCGCCACUCGCAAGACAACACCGUCGCCAGCGCCGCAUCCACCUCCGCCUCCACCUCGGCGCUGCCCUCUGCCCACCCGCACCCCGACGCUCGCAUCGCAAACGCCUGCCCUGCCGUCACCUUGGAAGGGCCUACGCCUGUACGCCUGCCCGUCGACGCUGCUGGCCUGCAAUCUCCGCCCGACGUCUCGACACAGCUGUCAGGCCCCUCCGACGACCAGCCCUCGGAGCUACCACCGUCGUCCCCACGCACCCAGACAAAGUCUACGCACCCUGGCCUCCCGAGGCGACAAUCCCUCGUAACCUCCUCUAAUGCGCGCGUAAUCAAGACUCUGCUCCAACCUGAAAUCCCUCAGGCUGCCAUCACCUCCGGCCCUCCCACCACAGACUACUUCGCCGGCGCCCCAUCCUUCAACACCCGCAUGCUGAACCGCAAGAUUUGGGUCAAGCGCCCGAAUGCCUCUGCGACGCUGGUCCAGAUUAAGGAGGACGAUGUCGUCGAUGAUGUGCGGGAGGUGAUAUUGAGGAAAUAUGCCAACUCGCUAGGCAAGGUGUUCGACGCUCCGGACAUUAGCUUGCGCAUAUAUCCUCGAGACGCAACGGGGAAGUCGGCUGCAGAUCGGCUACUGGGGCCAGAGGAGGAGAUGUGCAGGACCUUGGAUGCCUACUACCCAGGUGGACAAACAAUCAACGAGGCCCUGCUCAUCGAGGUACCCCAGAGGCGGACCCCCAGACCUUCGCCUCGCGUUCCAGUCUUCUAUGCUCACCAUGACGACUCUCGAUUCAACGAGCAGCCCUCGGAAUACUUCCCGCCAAUGGGGCUCGUCAACCCGUCGCCCGCUGCCCUGACAGCUGCUUCUCAAGAAUCAAGAGCUUCCGUGCCACCAGCCCACUCCAUUGCUGUCCUUUCAACAGGACAGUUGCCCAAUCUCCCGUCUCCCGGUAGCGCGCGGAAGUCUCACCACGGCCGUCCAAAGUAUCCACGGCACAACACUGCUUCACCCACCGCCCUGACCGGCGCCGUACCAAGCUCGGCCGGUGGCUCUCGUCCGCCUCAGCGAGCCCGCCAUGAUUCUAUUGCCUCCGAAACAAAGCAUUCCACCUCUUCGGGGAAUCAUCCCAUCCCGACCCCUCCUGCUCCCGUCGAUUCCAUCGUGCGACCUGGCUCGAAUCCCCCUACCCCUCGCGUGGCCUCUCCAAGGCCAGACAUCAAGAAGAGAAGGAAGGCAAAGCCGGCUGAGACGCCUAGUCUACCUGCCGAGUUGGUUGACACGGUGCCCCCCAUCAACGUGCUCAUAGUGGAAGAUAACAUUAUCAAUCUGCGGGUUCUGGGCGCCUUCAUGCAGCGGCUGAAGGUCCGUUGGGCAAAGGCGAUGAACGGAAAGGAAGCCGUCAUGAAGUGGAAAUCGGGCGGUUUCCAUCUGGUGUUGAUGGACAUCCAGCUGCCCAUCAUGAAUGGCUUGGAGGCUACCAAGGAGAUUCGACGGCUCGAGAGGGUGAACAACAUUGGCGUCUUCAGCAGCGGCAGCAAUGAGGCGCCCAACAACCGGCUGGGUGAAGGCGGAAGUGGCAAUGUCGAGGACGACGACAAGCUCGGUGACAGGAGUCUGUUCAAGAGCCCGGUUAUCAUCGUGGCUCUUACAGCCAGCUCUUUACAGAGCGACAGACACGAGGCAUUGGCGGCCGGCUGCAACGAUUUCUUGACCAAGCCCGUCAACUUCGUCUGGCUCGAACGCAAGGUCAAAGAGUGGGGAUGCAUGCAGGCUCUCAUCGACUACGACGGAUGGCGCAAGUGGAAAGAUUUCGCGCCUCCUCAGAACGAUACCACCACCAAGCCUGUACUCGCACCGAAGCCCAAGCCGCCUGCGCUCGCCGCCACGUCUCCCACAAGCGGCACACCAACUCCGUCAGAUUCCAAUGGGUUCGGUACCCCUCCCACCAGGCCCUCGGACGAAGAGAGGAAAAACAAGAGGAGAAGCUUAGGUCCAACGUCACGUCCUCCUCCAUUACCCGAAGAGGAUUCUAACGUCGAGUCUCCCGACGUGGAUUCCUAGGAUCCCGGAAAACAACCCGCACAUUUCCUGUCGGCUGUAAAUUGGCUUUUCCGCGGUUAUUGCAUCUAAGGUGUUGUGCAUCACUUGAUAUCUGGGAUUUGCGGAGUUCCUUACGCUUUCCUUCUUCUUCUUCUGCUGUAUUCUGCUUCGGGAGCUUUUUUGUUCGUCCCUGGAACUACCUGGGUUUCGACGAGAAGAAGAGUAAAAGGGUGGAGUCGAGACAUUUUGCAUCUGCCUGUGGCAGGUCUACUAGGCACUGCCUAGAUUCGUUUCUCUUGAGGACGCACUACGGGAAAGUGCUUGAACAGUACAUGCUUUUUGGGAAUAACAACGGUGCUGCCUCUGCUGCUGGUUGAUAUACACAUGGAGCAUGGGGUUAGCUGGAGUAAUCGUAAUGUUUCACGCUUUGCGUGGUCGUUUCUCUCUACACAGUAUACUGCCAUUAUGCAGGGAAUAACAACAUAGUGGUCAGCGCAGAA